AAUGCCAGGAGAACGAUUGACAGUGAGCGGUUCUGAUGUGGGCCGUUUCCAUGGUGUCCCCGGGACCAUAGUGGAGGUAACCAACCAAGAGGAGGCGGAGUCUAAGUCUCAGGAGCAGGGGGGCUGUCUCCAUUUUCUUCAGAUGUUCCACUGCAGCCAUCGACGUCAGAGCAGCUCGUAUGUCGUCACAGACACAGUUGUCACGGACGAAGUGGUGAAACCUGCCCCGCUUCCUGAGCCCCCUCAGCCCCACACUGGAGACAACGAGCUGGAAGGUAUAGUAUCAGUCAAGUCAAGUUAAUUAGUUCAUAAUAGUAACCCCAUGUAGUUAGGAAAAACUCCUGGCCCUACCUAUAAGCAAUGACCAUUGCAUUACAUUUUUUCAUCGGGGGGAGAUAGAGGAAUGAGAGAGGAGAGAGAGAGAUCGGGAGCAGCGGGGGGGAGGGUAGGAGAGAGAGAGAGGAGAGAUAGAAAAAGAGAUGGAGAGGAAGGAGAGAGAUCUCUCUCUAUCUCUCGAUAUAUCUCUCUCGCUCUCUAUCUCUCUAUCUCUCUAUCUAUCUCUCUCUCUCUCUCUCUCUCUCUCUCUCGCUCUCUCAUUCAGAGCCGAUGUUGUCAGUGCACUCUGUGGAUCUACUGAGCUCUAAAACGGGUCAGAACCGCCUGGAGCAUCACACCGACCUUUACCAUGGCAAUGAGCUCAUCAUCCGACAUGGCCAGACCUUCCAGAUAGAACUGGACCUGUCGCGACCUUUCAACUCCAACACAGACAAACUCCACCUGGACCUCAAG